AUGGCGAGUCUCCGAGCUCUCUUCGUGCUUGCCCUUGUCCUUGUGGCGGUCGUGGCCACCGAGUCUGCCUCAUCCCCGGCUUCCACCCCCUCCGCCGCCCCGGACACCAACAACCAAAACCCCCUCCUGGCUCCCAAACCCAACACCCCCCUGCCAGAUUCUGGGGCAGAAUCUCCUGACGGUGAUGCCAUGGACGAUGACGACGCAGCACCAGCUGGAUCUCCCCACGCGGCCACUGCAAAUAAUGCACCAGAGGGCACGUCGAACGCCGACUCCGGCGACGGUAGCCCCACGUCUUCUGACAACAGUAGUGCCUCAGCUAUUGGGGUGACUUCCAUGGCUGCCGUCGCUGCAGUUGCUGCAAGCUACAUUGUCUUCUAA